UGUGACAUGCACACGGUCACCGCAUACACCACGGCGGCACACUAGUUAGACAGGCACAGAUAUCCAUCUGAGUGUGUCGUUUCCCCUUGAUUCGUAGUGUGCUUGCUCUCCUUCCUCGCACCGGUUGCGGGCGCCUAAAUAUAGCCGCCGGUUGCUCUGCACAGGCAGCAGUAGGCUUCUACGCGACCUCCUCUCUCUGCCUGGUCGAGACUAGUACGAAUGAUCAUCCGAACGGUGGCAUGGUCGAUCGCCGUGUUUGUGUUAGCCGGGCUCUGCGAGAUAGGCGGUGGCUGGCUGGUGUGGCAGGCGGUACGCGAGAAACGACCAAGGUGGUGGAUAAUCCCCGGGGUGCUCUUACUCGCGGCCUACGGAUUCGUCACGCCGGGCUUGCUCCCGGACGUGUCGUCGGCCGAGUUCGGGCGGGCGUUCGCGGUGUACGGCGGCAUUUUUAUCGCCAUGUCUCUUGGGUGGGGCGCUGUAUUUGACGGUUUCAGGGCAGACGCCGGCGACUACGCCGGAGCGUGCGUUGUGUUGGCCGGGGUCGCCGUCAUGUGGUGGUACCCUCGGUAGCGGAAGACAAUGACGUGUUUUAUUGUUUCCUUCCCUCGUCUUUGGUCGGCGAGUGUUGAUUUGUCUUUUGUGUUUCGUGCGGUAGCAUGUGGUAUUGCUGAUUUUGUCGAGUGAAUUGUAUGGUGUUGUGGGGGAAUCGCCUACACGUCCCUGCUUCCCCUUGGGUGUGAAACCACGCGAAGAACUUUACCGAAUGUUUGAUCUUCGCGUGUUGCCUUUGGUGGCCAGGAGUAAAUGUGCCGGCGUUAGCUCGUGUAGUGUACCUUUUGCCCACCCAUGUACCUAUGCUUUAUCUUGUCCCGCGGUACUUCAUUGGGUCAUUGCUAGUGCUGUCGUCGUCGUCGUCGUCAUUGGUUGUUUGUUAUUGCCUUCGCAAAUGGAUGGAAAAAGUUGACAUACUGUGUAUAUGAGCAAACAAACCUAGCUCGGCUCUGAAUAGCCCAAAUGUUUUCCUUUUCUGAGGGCCACGGUACCAGUUCAUUUCCCUUGAUUUUUUUUUUUUUCAGUCGUAUGUGCUGGAAGGUUAGCCCGCUCUGGAUGAACAACAAAGCACCAUGUAAAGAGACGCUGUGUAUUCCAAUCUGAGUUUGUAGACCUGUUCGCUACCGAGUGGGAGCUGAGGUUCCCUUCACGCAGUUGGCAGAGGCACUUCUUCCGCCUUAUAGGCUGACGAAAAUAUGUUGUGUUUUUUUAUGAUAUGUCUGCGGGAGGUCCGCGUUAAUAUUUUUCAGUGAAGGUGAAGCGGGUGCGUAUCAUUGGACGGGUGGUGCCGCUUACGUGCUCGUGACCUCUGGACUGCGCCAGAAGCAAACACAGGCUGACACAAAGGCUGCGUCGCGUAUUUUAGGUCAGCUUGGGCAAGUACAGCCCCGUGAUAGAUGGGACGAAAACGAAGCGAACGGUUGGGA